AUGAAACAACGCCUUCGCACGAAAGUAUGGUGGCCAAAGCCAGAAGAGGAUGUAGAAAGGUUCGUCAAGACCUGUGAUGCAUGUCAGUUAGUGGGCAGACCUGACCCUCCAGAGCCUGUGGCAAGUACAGAACUACCUCCAGGACCCAGGCGUUCUGUUGCAAUUGAUUACCUGGGACCGUUACCCACAGGUGAACACAUACCAUUAGUUGUUGACUACUAUAGCAGAUAUUACGAAGUGGCUGUUGUAAGGACAGUUACAUCAGAGAAGACCAUAGAGUGUUUAGAAACCAUAUUUGCCAGACAUGGACUGCCUGAACUGCUUGUAAGUGACAAUGGGCCAAACCUUGUCUCACAGAAAUUCGAAGCGUUCCUGAAGGAGAAUGAAGGAAAGGACUGGAGAAGGGAACUGGUCCGGUAUUUGGCUGUUUACAGAACAACUCCUCACCAGACAACUGGACAGACACCAGCAUUUCUUCUGAUGGGCCGACAUCCAAGAACAAAGUUACCUGAAUUGUCACAGCCAUCCAAUGGCGAUGAAGAAAUUAGAGAUAGAGAUCAACUAAUGAGAUUCAAGAGCAAACAGUAUGCACCUGCUUCAAGAAAUGCUAAGAUAAGUGAGGUGAAACAAGGUGACCUUGUCCUCACGAAACAGGAUAAGAAGACCAAACUGUCCACCACAUUUGAACCUCAACUCUACAAAGUGAAAGAGAAGAAAGCAAAUCAGGUUGUUGUGUCUGAUAGCGAUAAUCCUGCGAGAGUUUUGCACCGAAACACAACUGAAGUCAAGCAGUACCACCCUGCUAAUGAUCAGCUCAGUGAUACGAAGGCUAAUCAGGAGGAAAACACCACUUCCGCUUCAGUUGAGAUGGACGCAUCAGUCGACUCGGGAAGUAAUGAUUUCCAGGGGGGUCCACUAAGGCGUUAUCCGCAGAGGAUUCGCCAGCCACCUGACAGAUUGAACUUCUAG